AUGGCCACAUUCUACAAGAUCGACGCGGUCAGAACGGUCGGGAUCUCAGUCAGUCUCGAGAACCAAGACAAUCUAACGCGGCCGACUACUGGGUCGCAGCAGGACGAGGACUUGGUCGACGUGCGCGAAUUCGAAUCAAAUUUGCCGACUGCAUCAGAUUCACCGGCAGCCGGUGUAGCUGACAGCAAUCCUGCUCAAGAAGGUAACAACGGGGAAGAUGUUACAGAAGACGAUGAUGAGGACGAGGUGGACUUGUAUGGCAUGUCUUAG